AUGCUCUCGGGCCUGCAUUCGCAGGAGUGCACGAAUUUAGUUGAAGCGGCCGUCGCGAAAGGGGAAGCAUGGAUGGCACGCGGGCGGGACCUGCGCAAACGCGGGGAGACGGAGGUUGCGGAGGGGUGCGUGGUGAAGUACGACGCGAGGACGGAUCCGUGGGACAGCCAUCCGCUGCCUAGCGAGAAGUUCUCCCAGUCGGGUUGCAAGCUAGAGUGGGUUUUUUACUCCUCGGAAUGCGGGGUCAACAUGGUGCGCCUCGCGGAUUUCGCGCACAUGGCGGGCAUCAGCUUCUCGAUCAUCGGAAGCCACCAGCCCUGGACGGGCCAAGGCGGCCGUUUGCGCGCCAUCCGCGACUUCCUCGCGGCGCUGCCGUGCGAUCGCGUCGUGAUCACCACCGACGCCGACGACGUCUUUCUCAUGCCGCACCCCAAAUGCCACCCGCAAAACUUCCUCGACGCAUUCUUUGCUCUCAACGCGCCCGUUGUUUUCGGCGCGGAGAUUUUCUGCUGGCCGGAUUGGAAGAAGCUAGAGCCGUUCUUUCCUCAUAAAAGAAAUUCGUCUGUGAAUCGGUUUCUUAACGCGGGGGCGUAUGGCGGGUACGCGUGGGCGCUGGCGGAGAUCAUCGAUCUGAUCUACGUGCGCGACUGCAUGCAGGACCAGCGCGGGUUCAUCCUCGCGUUCCUCGCGCAGCAGUACCUCUUCCGCGACAUGCCGCGCGCGCCCAACUCCGACCCCGCCGCCGUGCGCGCCGCGUGGGAAUCGCCGAGCGACGUGGCGGAGGCCGUUCUCGCGCAGGCGGAGGCGGCGGAGUCGGCGAGCAGAGCGGCGUGGCGGAACAACCGCACGGUGGAGUUCGACUCUGCCAUGUCGUCGUUCCACCGCCUGCCCGCCAAGCCCAGGCAGCGCGUCAUGGACGAAGCGAGGCGCGCCGGGCACAGGGAAACGGCAGCGGUGAUGGCGGCGCCAUUCGUUAAACUGGACCACUACAGCGCGCUGUUCAUGCACCUGGGGGGGCUCAAGUGGGGUAACUUCACGAUCCUGGGUACAGGGGAGCAGGCGCUGGUGCGACAGGUCUGCCGCGCGUGGUGUGUGGACAUUCAAGAGCUGCAGUAA